CUUCUCCAGCCAUGGGGAACAUGAAGUCCAAAGAGACGACGGCCGACGGCCGGUCCAUCUACGAGCGAGAGGCCCUCGGCUCUGCCGGAGUUAGAAAACACGAAGAUGGCACCGUCCGACCAUCCACGGCCAGUUCGGGGCGAUCCGGCGGGGCCUCUGACGGAGCGCGUCGCCUCCCUGGCGGCCCCGUGUGCCGCACAGGUACCCACGACGGCUCCAUCAACUGCAUGGCUCUCUCCGAGGACGGCUCCCUUCUGGUCACCGGCUCCGAGGACUGCACAGCGCGCCUCUGGAGCACCAAAACCGACUCCACAGAGUCGCUCGGCGCACUCGAGGGCCACACCUCUUACAUCACGUGCGUCACCAUCAUGGCCGACUUCGUCAUCUCCGGCUCAGCCGACCAGACCAUCCGCAAGUGGGACAUGGUCAGCAGAGAGUGUGUCUUCAUCUUCGAAGGCCACCGUGGCAACAUCAACAGCGUGAUUCCGUGCGGCGGCGACUACAUCCUGUCCUCCUCGUACGACAAAACGGCCCGGCUCUGGUACUUUGAUCCCGAGGGCGAGGGCGAGGAGAGCCCCUGUGUGCGAGUCUUCGAGGGCCACCAGAAGCCGAUCUACCCGAUCCUGGUGGUGUGGACGAACCUCUCUGACUCGUCCGACUCUGACUCCGACUCGGAGGGAUUCGGCGACUGCUCCGAGCGCGAGGAGAUCAUCGUGACGGGCUCCAACGACACAACGGCCAAGACGUGGAGCCGCGACUCCCAGUACAGCCUGCAGACGUUCCACGGCCACGAACAGCCCGUGUCCUGUAUGGUGGCGGAUGAGGACAGCGCCACACUCAUCACCGCCGGCCUCGACCGAACCAUCCGCAUCUGGACGAUGCGCGACGCCAAAUGCCAGAGGGUUCUGGAGGGCCACAGCCUUUCCAUCACCUGCAUGCAGCUGGUGGGCCGACUGCUGUACAGCGGCUCAACCGACCGCACGGCGCGCGCCUGGGUCACUGAGUUCGGCGAGUGCACGCGCGUCUUCGAGCCGCACUCCCACUCUGUCACCUGCAUCAAGGUGGUCAAAGGCGUCGUUUUUACCGGCUGUAACGACUGCAAGGCGCGGGCUUUCGACGCCAAGUCCGGCGCGCUGAAGCGGACCUUCCCGGGCCAUACGGCCGGCAUCAGCUGCAUCCAGUACAUCGACGGCAAGCUGUUCACGGGCAGCACGGACGGCACGCUGCGAGUCUGGAACGCCACCAACAUCACCGAGGACCAGCCGUCUCCAGAGGAGGAGGCGGAGGAGUACGACAAAGAACACAUGGCCGAACAACAGAAACGGCUCAAUGACGUCAGCCGCCGGCUCUCCAGACCGUACGCCGGGGGCGACAUCGACGACGGAGUCUCCAUGGAGUAGCGGGAGGCGACGACGACGGGCGCGCCGGCGAGCAGAGAGGCGCUGUAGCACGGAGACAGGAAACAGCGCAGUUCCGUGCUAUGUGACGGAAUAGAAACACCACAGGGAGAUAUGGGUAAAACGUGUAUAAGAGGCACACGCGGGUGUGUUAGGACUGUUGAUCGUCCGUCGACGCAUUCAGAGGGAUCUCGAAGAUCACGCGAAGUUCGAGCUAUUCUACCAUGGCUGAGUGUUCGCCUGGCUGCUGAGCGCAGGAUGACUGCGGGGCAGCGGCGGCGAGUGGCAGGGACCGAGGCCGUGCUGGUAGCGGCUCGGGCGGUACCGUGGGUACCGUGAGAGGGACGGGCGCCGCGCCGUCGGCCGCACGCCGGUGACACUGGUCCGGGCUGGGCAGGGGCGUCCCGGCCGACGGAGCGGCGCCCCCGGCACCGGUCCUCCGCCUCCCACUGCCGCCCGGCGCCCCGACAGAGCGGGCCAGCGGCAGAGGGACGGCGGAGCGCCGGGCGCCGGCUCAUCGUCCCAGUCGAGUUAUAUCGUUUGUUAAUACAGUAUUAUGCUUGA